AUCCGCCCUGAAUCCUCUUCUCUUCCGGAUAAGGCCAUAUCAGCACAUUGUAUUUAUUGUGGAACAUAUAUUGAUAUCUCUCGUUAGUAAUGGGGCCUAUUUUAUGACAGAAACAUCAUACUACUUUAUAACAGUCGUCAUUUCCAUAUAUCUUGCAAAGACUACCCCUGAACAGUCUGAGCAUAAUCAGUCAUGGAGGAGAUAGAGGAGACACCAGAGGAGCAGCUGGCCAAGCAGCACCGCAAGGAGAAGAAAGAUAUGCAAGCCAAAAUCCAGAGCAUGAAAAAUGCAAUCCCCAAAAAUGACAAGAAAAGGAGGAAACAGAUGACAGAAGAGAUUGCAAAAAUAGAGGCUGACCUCAACAAGAAACACGAGGAGGACUUAAGUCAACUCAAAUCUACACCUGACACAAAGGUGGAAGAAGUGGUAAAUGGAGUGGAGACCAUGAAGAUGGAGGCCGGAGGAGAAGAAGAAGAAGAAGAAGAAGAAGAGGGCACACAGCCACGUCUAACAAAGGCCCAGAAGAGAAGGGACAAGAAAGCUGCGCAGGAGAAGGAGAGGGAGAGCAGGAUAGCAGAGGCUGAGGUGCUGAACCUGCAGGGUGUGAGGCACCAGGAGGGGCUGAAGCUGGCUCAGAAACUCGCCACCAAAAAGCUUCAGAUCAAGGAGAUCUCCUCUGAUGGCCACUGCAUGUACCGUGCCAUUGAAGAUCAGCUGGCACAGCGAUCAAAGCCUGGUUUAAUCAUGGGUAUGAAAGAACUGCGGUCUCGCACUGCUGAGUACAUAAGAAGCCAUGCUGAUGACUUCCUGCCUUUCCUCACCAACUCCAACACUGGUGAAAUGUACACAACAGAUGAGUUUGAAAAGUACUGCAGUGACGUGGAGCACACAGCAGCUUGGGGUGGACAACUGGAAUUGCGAGCUUUGACCCAAGUUCUUCACUUGCCAAUGGAAGUGAUCCAGGCUGACUCCCCACCUAUAAAAAUUGGGGAGGAAUUUGAUAGUGAACCCAUCACCCUAAUCUAUAUGCGUCACGCCUAUGGACUAGGAGAGCACUACAACUCUGUGGAGCAGCUAAAGGAUCCCGCUAACGCAGAAGACAGCUGAGAGAAAACCCAGUCUUGGUGUGACUUAAACCAAUGUGUGUGAUUCAGAGUUUGUUCAAACCACUCACACCAAGGGCCCCUAAAUACAAAUGUAUUUGGGAGGAGACACCCCCCCCCCCCCAUUUAAAGACAUUGUUGAGCUGAGGUUAACUGAGAAGCUGGUUGUUUCUAACACACAGUGGUAGGUCCUAGAAGUGAGAAGAUAUCAGCGGGGAGAGUGAUAUGUAGCUCUGAAGGCAGUAUCACUGUGCGUAAUUAAAAAAGCAUCGAAGGGAAAUUAAUGUGAGUUAACAAUGAUCUCCAUUCACACUAUUUUGGGAAGCAAAGAUGUACCACAUACAUUUUGUCCAAAAUAUGCAGGAGAGGAUGUAAGAGCUGUUGAUCAUUCAUUUUACUUCAAAUGUUAACAGUCAGUGAGGGGUUGAGGAAAACAUUUGCAGCAGCCUUUGGAGGAACUGAAUUGUGGAACUUGUGAAUCAUAUCGAUGUUACAUAAACUCAUAGAAUACUAAUAAUGUA